UGGCUCAAAGACGGCAGCUUGUCAUGAGGUGGUGCGCGCUGGGGCGCACGCGCACGGCACAAAGCGAUGCCGCGAUGCGCGCUGUGGCCCGCGCUGACUGCGACGACUGCCGAGAAUUCGCUUGCCGAGAAUUCGCUCCGAGAGGCCGUGGACGGGGAGCCUUUCCUGGGCGACGCCUUCACCCGCACCCCGUGCCGCCCGCCGCUCGCGGUGGCAGCGAGCACCGCCGCCGACGAGGACGGCGAGCUUUGGCACGCGCAGGCCGCCGAGGGUGACGCCCCUGGAUGCGCGGGCACCGCCAGCUGCCGAAGGCGCCUGGCUGCAGCCGCCAUCCUCACAAGCGUGUUCGCCACCGCCGCAGCCUUCGCAUGGCUGCAGGCGCCUCCCACCAGGAAGGCUGGAGCCCACCGCGGCCGCGCGUCCUCCGCGGCCGUCGGGCAGUCGGUGGGCUGGCCGCCGCAGGCCGACCAGCCCGCACCUCCCGCAGCAUCAGAUGCCCGAGGGCUCGCAGACGACGCAGUGCCCCUCACAGCACCUCUUGCCGCUGCGCCCACCAAGAGAGCCGCAUCCUGGCAGCAAGGCAGCAACUUCGGGAACACGACGGCCGCUCGGGCCCGCAGCAUGGCCGAGCCACCCCCUGCUGGCGCCAGCUGCGCAGAGUCUGGCUGCGAUGUACCUUUCGACCCACUGCGCGCUUGUCAGUGCAACGAUGAGUGCGCGGAGCACGACAACUGCUGUGACGAUUUCGUGGACAUCUGCAGCACUGCCCGCGGCGCAGAUGAGACCCCGCCACCGCCGGGUGGAGACCCUGACGCUAGUUGCGCGAAAUUCGGCUGCAUCGGAUUCGUGAAGGAGAACCCCUGCCAGUGCAACGCCGGCUGCCAGCAGCGCGACAGCUGCUGCGGGGACUUCAACCGAGUGUGCGCGCCGGAGGAGAGCGAAGGUCCACCUGAAGCAGCUGCAGACAGUCCCCCCGAGGGCAGCUGCGAGGAGUUUGGGUGCUCACCUUUUGAUGCCGAUCGACCCUGCCAGUGCAAUGCGGACUGUUAUCAGUACGACAGUUGCUGCCCAGAUUUCCAAAAAGUCUGCGAGACAGGACCGCCGCAGACGGAGGAAGCGCCUGCGGAUGUUCCCGCGGACGUCGACGAUGAGGGCUCGUGCAAGUCUUACGGUUGCUUCGGGUACGAUGCCACGCACUCCUGCCAGUGCAAUGCGGACUGCGGGAGGCACAACGCAUGCUGCAGCGACUACGACAGCACCUGCGCCGUUCCGAGGCAGGAGCAGUCCAGCGCCGGCGCUCGCGGAGCGGCCGUCGCACCCCGGGGCAGCAGGGACGAAGGUGGUGCCGCCGAGGACAGGGGCGGCAGCGACGACGAUGACGACCCCGACCCGUACGACUGCACGAUGGGCGAGGCAGAAGAUUGGAAGCACAACAAGAGGUUGUGGUGCUGCGUGGUCAAGGAGAUCGGCUGCGAGGCGAAGGCGACAGCAGAGCCGACUCCCGCACCGUCCACCACGACGAGCAAGGCCACCACCAGGAAGACUACAACCAGCAUGAAGACCACAACCAGCCUCGGCACCACAGAGGACCCCGAGGCGGACAUCGCGCUUCGAUAGGCCCAGGCUAGGGGUGUCUCGACGAGGCGGCUGCUAAGGGCCAAUGUAUGUACGCGCUCCCGCCCCCUCAAUGUGAUUGCAACUCCAGAGGAGUUACUUCAGUCAUCGGCCUCGCAUUUUUUGCUACUGGUCUCGCCGAAUCUGGCGAACUUCGGCUUGCUCCCGUCCGUCCGACAGCUCCCGAAUCUGACAGUCUAGCUGUUGAAUGGAGCUCAACACCUCCUCAUCGUGCCCACAAACAAUCACAAUAAUCUCCCAGGUUGCCACCCAACUCCGCUCACGAGGCGCGCGGGCGAUUACAGGACGGAUCUCGUUUGUUCUGCUUGUGUUCCCCCUCCAGUUCCAACUCCUAUGUCUUCCCUGCCCCCCACCGAUACCUGUUCCCGCACUGUUCCUCUUGCUCCUUCUUUUUGUUUAAGACGCUUGAAACGAAUCACCGCCGUCUCCUGCCUUUUGAACACGCUGGCACCGUGGAAGGUUGAGAGAAAGUGUGGUUGCCGCAGUGCUGAA